CCGCCUCCGACUGGGGAACCUCGGCUCCGGCGCUCUGUGGGCCGUAGGUGGCGGCUCUGUUGUUUACAGUGUGUUGUUUGUUGAGUCGCGUUUCCACGCCACCUGUGACGGUCAGCGGCGGUUGCCCACGGCUCAGCGCCUCCGCGGACUGCGGCCGGUCGUUGCCAUGACAGCGACCGCUGGGGGCCCUGGAUCUUGGAGUGAAAAUAUACUAGAAUAUUUUCUGAGAAAUAACCACAUCACAACAGAAGAUGGCGCUGAGAUCAUCUGGUAUCAUGCUGCUAACCACAAGGCACAGGUGAAUGAGGCACUGAAAAGUCCUGCUCACAUGAUAGAGGCUGAUGUCCUUCUUCCAAGUGAUGGAUCAGAAUAUAGCCAACCAAUCAUGGCCCAUCCUCCUGAAACAAAUAGUGAUAAUACUUUACAGGAAUGGCUGACUGAAGUUAUAAAAAGCAAUAAAGGCAUCAAACUGGAUUUUAAGAGUCUAGCAGCUGUGGAACCAUCCAUGAUGCUCCUGGAAAAUGUGAAGAGGCAUCUGCAGCGUCCUGUGUGGAUUAAUGCUGAUAUUCUUCCUGGUCCAAAUGGAAAUAGCAGAGUAGUGGAUGCAAAACCUUUUAUAGACACAGUGACAUCCUUCUUUCCAGAUGUGACGUUUUCCCUGGGUUGGACAACAGGAUGGCAUCCUGAGAAAGUCAAUGAAGGUUACAGUUGGACAAUGGUGAAAGAAAUGGAAUAUAUAUGUAAGGACCUAAAUCUGCCUGUAACAUUUCCUGUGAGAGCAGCAUUAGUUAGGCAGUCUUGUUCUCAGUUACUCUGGCUGUUAAAGAAAUCAAACAGAGAUUCAACAAAACUCUGGCACCCUCUUUCUUUUUUCCUGGAAAACUGGUUAUUUCAGAAAUUACAGAAGAGUAAGAGGGCUUUAAAAAUGUUCUAACUUUCACACAGGUGAGCACCUUUAUCAUGACAGAAUAAAAUCCACUUACUGAAAACAAUGUAGAUUAAAUUAGAUGGAUCUAGCAUUUCCAUAUUAUUGGGAGCAUGCUGGCAACUGUGUAUGUAUUUUGUAUUCUUUAUUUCCAUCAUAAUAUUUUAUCUAUAGUGAGUACAAUACUACUGGAGAGCAUAAUUUUUUUUUUAUUUAGCCACAUGGUUUCUUUUUUUUUAUGAUACAAUUUAUUGUCAAAUUGGCUUACAUACAACACCCAGUGUUCAUCCCAGCAAUUGCCCUCCUCAAUGCCCAUCACCCAUUUUCCAAUCUCCCCCACCCCCAUCCACCCUCAGUUUGGUCUCUGUAUGUAAGAGUCUCUUAUGGUUUGCCUUCCUCCCUGUCUGUUUGUAACUAUUUUUUCCCCUUUCCCUCCCCCAUGGUCUUCUGUUAAGCUUCUCAAGAUCCACAUAUGAGUGAAAAGAUAUGGUAUCUGUCUUUCUCUGCCUGGCUCAUUUCACUUAACAUAAUACCCUCCAGUUCCAUCCACAUUGCUGCAAAUGACCAGAUUUCAUUCUUCCUCAUUGCCAAGUAGGAUUCCAUUGUAUAUAUAAACCACAUCUUCUUUAUCCAUUCAUCAGUUGAUGGCCAUUUAGCCUCUUUCCAUAAUUUGGCUAUUGGUGAGUGUGCUGCUAUAAACAUUGGGGUACAAGUGCCCCUAUGCAUCAGCACUCCUGUAUCCCUUGGGUAAAUCCCUAGCACUGCUAUUGCUGGGUCAUCGGGUAGUUCUAUUUUUAAUUUUUUGAGGAACCUUCACACUAUCUUCCAGAGCAGCUUGAAGAGUAGAAUUUUAAUCCUAGUGACAUAUCAUUUGAUUUUCAUUUCUCACCAGCACCACCUUAGGCCCUUAUUCAGGCCCUUCAGGGCCUUGUUCAGGCCCUUAUUUUACUGCUAGAACUUCAGAAACUUGUUCUUCAUGUCUUCAUUGUUCACACUCUACUCAGAGAUGCUCUGAGUAUUUCUGCUGAAGAAAGCUUUUAUAAGUGCCUCUUGCAAAUUAGAAACCUCCAGGGGCCUCUUACAUGCAACUUUAUUGAAUUUUACUCUUAAAGACCAUCCACAAUGUAGCCCACUCUAAAAGUCAAUUCAGUGACCUUCAGUGCUUCAUUUCAAAAAUGCCUGCAACAUCAACGGUCUCCAGACCUUCCUUUAACAGUUAAUUUUAACUAUUUAAUAUUGUUCACUAAUUAUGUCAUACAUGUUAGUUAUAUUUCUUCAGCUAGGUUAGAAAGCCCUUCAUGGUAAGGGUGCAUUCUUAACUGUCCUUUAUAGUAUGUGGCUUAGUCUUGAGCAAGGUAUUCAGAAAAACAUGUACUUCUUUCAUUUAUUAAAAAGAAACUUACUAAUGAAUAUCCUAAGAUAUGUAAUUUGCCUUGGUUUAUCAGCCAUUUUCUCCCAGAAGAUAAAGUGGUAUAUAGUGAAAAUAUAAUUUUGAAUUCAGAUAGACUUCCCUUAUAGCACCUCUGUCCCUUACUAGCUAUAGAUUUUUGGAAAUAUUUAACCUCAUUGAAUCUUGAUUUCCUUAUCUAUAAAAUGGAGGGAAAAUGAGGAUUUUCUUGUAGUUGUUAUGAAGAUUGAGAUUCAUGUAAUAGAGGAUCUAGCUCAAUGCUCAACGCAUAGUAAGUACUCAACAGACAAGGUUAGUUCCCUUCUUCUAGACUUGUCAUAUGAUCAUAUCCAUUGUAGAUAAAUACAGUGAGGAGUAUAACAUGAAACAUUGUAGACAUAGAAGUAUUUAAAGAAGACAAUUAUAUUUCCACUUUAAAUUUUAGCUCCAACUAAAUACAGUCCUAUUUGUCAAAUAAUACCUAAAACUUCACUUUCUAUGGUUGUUUGCCAAAAACAAAAGAUAAAAUUUUAUAAUUACAAAAUUUUAACAAUUGGAACAAAGAAUAAUUUAAAAUUAUAAUAAAAAGUAAAGCUUAGUUUACAAAUUUUCUAAAUGAACUGCAUUUUAAUGAGGUUUUAAAUAAAAUUUCAUUUGUCCAGAA